GGCCUGUGUACCGAAUCCCAACUCACGCGUCAUGCUCGCCUGCUAUCGGCGCAGCCAGGCAGGAGGGGGCGGCACCGGGGCCAUCCCUGCCGACCAACGGCAAGAGGACUUGAUUCGCCUCGAGCUUGCACGCAAGCGCAAUACGAAAACAACGUCGACGGAAGCCAAGCUCACGUCGCGAAGCCUCCGCCGAUCGGGCCGCCAGUCCACGCAACAGCGGCACCACGCGGUCUUGCUGGAGUCGGCGAACCGAACGCGGAUCGAAGCGAUCGUGGCGCGGGUGUCGGCCGUGGUGGCUACCGCACCGUUUUCGACCGAAUUCAGCCAUGACGACAAGGAGUUUGUGCUCAACUGGGUCGACGAAGUCGACUUGAUACUGACGGCGUUCAUCCCGUGCACCGAUCCGAGGCGGGACCCUCUCGGACGCAUGGUGGACAAACUGUCAUGGCUACAGCACUCGUACACGUGCCUGGCCGAAGCUGGCGUCGACGCCAAGGCGCUGAUCGCGUCGUGGGAGCGGGACGGCGUGCUGGAUUCGGACAGCAGUGACGACAACGACGACGGCGGCCAUCCCAUCGAGCAAAUCUCUUUCGACGACAUGGAAGCAGGCGCGGAGUUUGCCCGCAAGGAGCGCCUUGUGCGGCGAAAGGCUGCCGCGCGGAUCAUCCGCCGCAACGUCCAGAACGGGCCACCGACAAGCCACUGGAGCAAGCGCGUCGAGGAGUUUCGAUUGUUUGGCAACACGUUUUACAAAGACAUCGACACGCCUCUCGUCAAGACGCAGACGCUCAAGUUGUUCACGGACGAAGCCAAGGCGGUCACCGUGACGCUCGAUCUUGCCAAGCAGAGCGAGGCGGCACGGCAGAUGCGGUUGACCCAUGUCAUGCACCUCGCCCAGCACGUGGCGACAUUUAAAGUGGACGACGCGAUUCGACACGUUGCGAUCGCCAUGCAAAAACGAAAGCUGCUCGAAAACCGGUGCGCCGUCAAGCUCCAGCUCAAGUGGCGCGCGUACAAGGCCACCAAGGCCAAGAUGAUGGUGCUCGUGGAAGAGCUACGGCGGCGGAAGAAGCCGGCGUCGACCAAGGUCACCAUGGCCAAGACAAAAGCGCCCUCGAACUCGCAUCGGGCGAUGGCCUCGCCACGGAACAACACCCCCGAGUCCACCCCAACGCCACGGAACAAGACCCCCGAGCUCGAGUCUGCGCCACGGCGACCGAGCCCACCGUCUGCCACCGCAGUCGAGGGCAAGUCGCAGAGCCCGCCCCCCGCCCAACUCGACAAACCACUCGCCCAUCCCCCCUUAAACAAGCCGAAAACCCCCGACAAGCCGUCAACGACGUCCACACGAAAGCGCCCGACCUAUGCCGCACUGGACCCUGCACCGCCUGCGCAGACAAUACAGCCGCAAAUGCCUGAAGCCCCCAAGACGCAGCAGGAAGCGGAGCCGCCUCGCCUGACGACGCACGUCUCACCGCCGGCGCUCAAAAGCUCACCUGUGCGAGUGUCGGGGCGGAAAGGCAGCAUCCUUGGCUCCCUGGUCACUUCUCUCGCUGACGAGAAGCGGCUCUUGGACAUGCAAAACAGGAUGGACAUUGCUUGCGUCGACACCGAGCCGGGGGGGACCGCCGAUGACCACGACAAGCCUUCGCCAGAGAUCCAAGUCGAUGGUACGCUUCGAAGCGACGAGGCGGGCAGCGCUCUGUCCCGAGGGGGCAUGGACGUAUCGUCGGCGGCAAGUUCGACGCCACAACGCCUUAGUGUUCGCCGCCGGAAAAGCAGCGUCUUGAUCGCAAGAUCCUUCGCGCCGUCGUUGGAUGCUUCCUCGAGCGCGGACGCCGCCGUGAGUGGGGCAGGUUCCGUUCAGGUGGUGGAUGCUGCUGCAGGCGGUAAUGUUGCUUCGAUGGCUUUGAACAAAGAAGUGGACGAAGGAGGAGGAGGAGGCAGCGACAGGGUAGUUCAAACGGAAGAGAUGUUUGCCGGGGAUGGACAAGAGGAUGGCGUUCCAGACGAAGAGAGCAUCCGCGCGCUGAUGGCUGCAUGGGCCAUGGACAGCGACCAACUCAACAUGAGCGAAGACGACGAGUACCAACGACGGCUCGAGGCCAAGCUCAAGUCACGACGGGCGCUGAAAAAGUCGGCUUUGAUGGUCGUCUUAGCGAAUUCGAUGCGAAAGGUGAAAGCGCGCGCGGUCACACCCCCAGUCGACGGCAGCGGGGAUCGCAGCAAUUGCACUUCGUCGGGCAGCAGCAGCAGCGACGACAAUGACGACGACGCGGGUGCGACGGACGGGGUGGAGCUCCAGCGCCGUUGCUUUCAACGGUAUCGCAAUACAACAUCGACAAGUCGGCUCUGUUCGUUUGGGGGGGUUCGACUGCUGCGCCUACAAACGACUGCCGCACAUGCCGACAUCACGUGCGAGUGUGCUCCAUUUUCCGAAGACGAAUCGCGGCAGCCCACGCCUGCGCCGACGACUCCCUUCGUCGUCCCCGACCUUCCUCCUGACGGGCUUCCUGGCGCCCCAUCUAGCCCCUGCACGUCGCCCACGUCCCCGUCCAAGUCGCCUCCUCGAGUUGGAAUCACUGGUGGCUCGCCCCAUUCGAAUUUGGACGCGGUCUUGUCGCUGCCUCGGCUACCAGAGCCCGCCCCGCCACCCAUGAUCUCCACUACCAGACGGAAACCGACCGGUAUGCCUGCUGUGGCCUCGACGACCACGCUGGCGUUGCCAAUUUGUUGGAAGGGCUCGAGUCAUCGCGACAGAACGGCCGCGACGAAUCUCGACCACCGGCCGGGCCGAUCCAUUCUUCGCCCAACGACGAAAGCCACUAUCGCGCGACGAAAUCAGCGCAGGUCAUGCAUGUGGUCGAAAGCCCGCGGCCGCGCCUCGCCACACAAUCCGUCGCGCCUGACAAAUGUGCUGCCGUCGAGCCAGUUUGUCGAUGCCCUGCCAUCGAGAGCCACUGACUCGACAACGAUACCUCCCACCGCCAAGCCCCCCUUGCCCCACAAAUCCCCCACGGAAGGCGCCGAGCCCGCCGCCGCCGCCCCACCGGGCUCUCGUGCGCCGAACGAUCCAUUCGAAGCUGCCAUGGCGGCGUACAUUGGCAUGCUGUACGCAUCGUCGCCGAUGGCGACGCCGUUAUUGCACAAGUAAUACGACGAAUUCAUUGUGGUGGCGGUCCUGU